GGAACCCAGCUUAAAUGUUUCACAGAGCGACCCAAGUUAAAGCAACUCCCAUGGAGGAAUCUGAUCAGGCAUUGAGAAGAGCCAUGGAUUACUACAGAAAGCAUGCAGCUGUCAUUCUGGCCACACUGUUUGUGUUUCUGCACAUUCUCCAUUCCUUUCCUGAUGGAGAGUUUACAAUGCAGGUUUGCCCAGAAUGCAAGCUAAAGGAAAACAAAUACUUCUCCAAGCUGGGCGCCCCAAUUUACCAAUGCAUGGGCUGCUGCUAUUCCAGAGCGUACCCCACUCCAGCAAGGUCCAAGAAGACGAUGUUGGUCCCUAAGAACAUCACCUCAGAAGCCACAUGCUGUGUGGCCAAAGCAUUUACCAAGGCCACAGUAAUGGGGAAUGUCAAAGUGGAGAACCACACGGAGUGCCACUGCAGUACUUGUUAUUAUCACAAAUCUUAACUAUUUUGCAAAGUGCUGUGUUGAUGACUGCUGAUUUCCUGGAAUGGAAAAUUAAUUUGUUCAGUGUUUCUGGCCUUGUGAGAUAACACUCUCCUUUUCCUUACCACACCGCUUUUGACAUGCUUCAAGGAUAUACUGCAGCUUUAUUGCUUUUCUCUAUCCUACAGAAUAAUCAGGAGUUAGUUCUUUUCCUUUGGAAUGAAAUACAGCAUUUAGCACGACUAUAAAAAGCUGGUUCUGCUGGAAAUAAAGUCUUUUAAAUCAUCA